AGAUAUUACUCAAUUGACUGCAGAUGUUGAAACUGACAAACAAGAGGCCAGUUCUACCCACAGUAAGGCACGGGAUGAUGAAAAGCUUGUACCUAGUAAUAAAGAAGAGGUCGGCGAUGGUACAAGUAAAGUGAAGGAUGGAGAAGAAGUGAAAGACAGUGAAAGGAGAAAGGAUACUACAGACAAAGUUGUAUCUCAGUCUCAAGAAAGCAGUGGACAGGAGAAUGCAUCUACUUCCCACAUUGUUCUAGACAAGAAAGUUAAGUUUGAAGAAGAAAGUUGCAAAACAACCAACUUUGCAGAAAGUGUUCCAGAGACAGAGGCUUCUGCUUCUACCAGUCGGCCUAUUGACUCAAAUGUGCCUACUGACAGUGACAAGGAAAUUGCAGUCAUUUCACCAGUGAAUAGAAUCAAUAGAUUAUAUUUAGCAGCAUGCAAGGGUGAUUGGAAAACAACUGAGUCCAUUCUCGAGUCAGAUCCAUCCUUUCUUACGGAGAAGUUAACAAUCUUCGAUGAAACUCUCUUUCAUAUAGCUGUUAACACGAGGAAUGUUUCGUUCAUAAAGAAGUUGGUUGGACUAAUGUCCCCGCCUCAUUUUGGUGUAAAAAAUAAAUUUGGAGAUACCGGCUUUAUUAUUGUUGUUAGGUAUGGGCUCGUUGAAAUUGCUGAAAUUAUACUCCAGAUUGAUAUUACUUUUCUCAUGACUCGUGAUUCUGAAGAUCAAAUCCCACUUGUAAUCGCAAUGAACCAAAAUAAUAGAGAAAUGGUUUCACUACUCCACUCCAAAAUAAAAAUUGAAGAACUCGAUGCUUGUACACAGAUGGAUAUAUUCAUUGGCAGCAUCGCCUCUGAUUUUUACGACAUUGCAUCUGAGCAUUUCAAAUUUAAACCAAGUCUAGCAUGGACGAGGAGCAAAAAUGGUGACACGGCUGUACAUGUGCUGGCGAGGAAAUCACCGGCAACAAUUAGCAGUAAAAGAAAACUUAACUCCUUUAAAUCAAUUAUGCACACUGGGUUCAAAAAGUUUUAUAGAAAAGAUACGAUGUCGACGGUGGCGCAUCAGUUAGUUGUAGGAAUAGCAGAGGCUUUGCGAAAUUUCACAACUAAUGAGUUCUUAGAAUUGAUCAAUAUUCCAACAAGGAUUCUACAUGAUGCUGCAAGGGCAGGAAAUAUAAAUUUCAUCAUCAUAUUUUUGAAUGAAUUCCCUACUUUGCUAUCAGAGCUAGAUGAUAGGGGUAAUAGUAUUUUUCAUGUUGCAGUCAAGAAUAGGCAAGAAGAAACUUUUUCUUAUCUUUUUGAAUGGGGAGGAUCGAAAGAUAUCCUUGUUAAAUUAUACAACAAGGACAACGAUAGCCUACUCCAUUUAGCGGCAAAACUGCCAGCACCACAACAUCUAAACAGGGUGUCAGGUGCGGUUCUACAAAUGCAGCGUGAGCUGAUUUGGUUUAAGGCGGUGGAGAAAGCUAUGGUAGCUUCCCCUUAUGAGGCAAGACAUUCUACACUGUCUCUUUCUAGAAUUAAAGUAGAAGAACCGCCUUCCCACAGUGGGAACGGACAACCUCCUCCACCGAAGUGUUUGACUCCUCGUGAGUUAUUCUCGAAAGAGCAUGGGGAGGUUUUGAAGAAUGCAAAGGAAAGAAUGAAAAGUAUGGCACAAACCUGCAUGCCAGCAGCACUGUUGGUUGCAGCAGGCGUUUUUGCGGCCAUUUUCAUGCUACCAGGAGCCUUCUGUGCGACUGUAAUUCUGGUGUAUCACAAAGAAAAGACUCACCUAUUAUUGAUUUUUUUGGGGGUGCUCACGAUCCCGAUCGUCAGCGUUUUUUGCUUUAUUUGGAAAGAUGUAGCAGGUAUAUUGCACAAUCUGUGGUGGGAUAGGUCAUUUUUGAUGCCCUGUAGGAAAAGAAUGUGCAGAAGCUACACAUGCUGAAAAGAUUGGAGCACAACUGACAAAAAGUGGGUUGAAUGCGUGGGCAAUGUACAUGGUUGAUGGAGGUGUGCAGGGGUACGUCUUAGUAUCUCCAAGAUCAAACUCCAACAAUGAAGUUUCAAUCAGCCCCUACUGAGUUGAUUUUGACUUCAAUGAAGGAGCAAAUCAACAAAUUUUCGCAACAGGAAUGCACUCUGAUUUCUUGAGGGGCAACCCAUCACCAGAAGCUUGACCAACUGUUUCAGAGUUGGAAUCCACUCAGUUCACAAAGCACCAGUCCUGGAUGAGCCAGUGCAGAGUAUGGUCGGGAAUGCACUCUGAUUUUCUUCUGUUAUAUGAGUGUUUGAUAUCUCUCUUUGAUGUACAUUUGGCUCCAUGUUCAGUUUUUUUUCCAUCCUAGUAUUGAACCAUUAACAGCUUUCUCCUCUUCUUUUUUGGCCCUCGUAAAUGAGGCUCUGAGUACAUGAGUUAAUAAAUGUUUUGCAAGUUUUCUUUCUACGUGAUUUGUUGGAUAUGGUUGUGAUA